AUGCCUCACCCUUGUUUCGACCCUUCUCUCGCAUACCUUCCCAUCAAAACUGUAGUCAGCGCAUCCUUUCUCUAUCCUUUCAAAGGCAUCUUAUAUUUUCUCUCCGAUCGCCAAUUCUAUCCUCUGUUUGGCAAACGAUUGAUUCCCCUCACCAUAACAUCCAUUGUUGUUCUCGGUCUUCUCUUUACUUUUACAUAUUUACCGCAAGUAGCUUUUCUGGCGAUAUGGCAUGGACCAGGAGCAUGGUUUAAUGCUGUUUUUCUUGUGCUCGGGGAGGGACAAGUUUUGAUCGCGUUAUUGUUUGAAGCAUUAUUGGUAGAUGAAACAUUGGUUGAUGUUUUCGAUGCAACACUUAUCAAAGAAGGACUCAUCGAUCUCGUUUCUCCUUCUCGAAUGCUCAAUCACGAUGCCCAGAAUGAAGUUAAAAUGCUCGGAAAGCCAACCACAUCCGCAGUCUACUCCCCCUUUUCCUUUCGACAAAUAGCGGAAUUUGUUAUAUUCCUUCCUCUUAAUUUUAUACCCGUGAUUGGAACACCUGCUUUCUUGGUCUUGACGGGUGCGAGAGCUGGUCCUUUACAUCAUUGGAGAUAUUUUAAAUUACGGGGUUUGACGAAGAAGGAAAGAAAGAGAGAAAUUAGUAGUAGGAAGUGGAAAUAUACUUGGUUUGGAACAGUUGCUUUACUAUUACAACUUGUACCUGUGCUUUCGAUGUUUUUCCUACUGACUUCAGCAGUUGGAUCGGCAUUGUGGGUGGUGAAAUUGGAGGAACAAAAGAGAUUGAAUGCAGCGGAUAGAUUGGUUAAUAAUGCUGGGCUUCCUAAUAUUGGAGAAUAUGAUGAGGAAGCGCCUCCUCCAUAUGCCGAUGACCCUAUAUAGUUUUGAUAUUGUUUUAUACCCCGAUUGAUAAUAAAGAUCAUAUUUCUAC